AUGUCAUCUAUCAAGAAACUUCUGAUUGGUGCCACUUUGGCCUCUGCUGGCGUAGGCGCAUUUAAGCCUUUUCCUAAAAACACUUUAGGUCCAUUGGCUGCCGACACACCGGGAUUUCAAUGCGAUUUAGUCGACCCUCUUGAUCCAUCAGCAGAUGGGCUCUACAGUUCUCACGAGGUGUUCUCUAAUAAAAGAGCAAUCAGGAAUCUUAUUAGACGCCACCAACCCCUUGUUAAGAUUCCGUCGGUGUGUUAUGACGACUUGGGAGAUUUCAACGAUCAUCGAUGGGAACCAUUUUAUUACAUUCCAAGGGUUCUGGAGGAUGAAUAUCCGCUAAUCUACAAGUAUGCGCGGGUAGAGGAAGUAAACCGAUUUGGUCUUGUAUAUACUAUUGAGGGCUCGGAUUCUUCACUUAAACCAAUUCUCUUAACGGCUCAUCAAGAUGUCGUGCCAGUCGAAAACGAGACCUUGCACGAGUGGGAAUACCCGCCCUUUAGCGGCCAUUACGAUGAAUCGUCUGGAUACCUUUAUGGCCGUGGUGCUUCGGAUGACAAGUCAGCUAUUACAGCUCUCAUGUCUGCUAUGGAGGCACUUCUGUCACAAAAGCAUUACUAUCCUCGUCGCACAGUUGUCUUUGCAUUUGGCUUUGAUGAGGAAUGUUCCGGCACUCGUGGCGCUGCUACGAUAUCCAAGCAUCUUCAACACCGAUACCAUAAAGACGGCAUCGCUGUUAUUCUUGAUGAGGGCGGUGCGGGCAUUCAGCAUAUUGGCGAUACCAUAUAUGCGUUACCAGCGGUAUAUGAAAAGGGCUAUCUUGAUGUAUGGUUCGACCUCAGCGUCGUCGGAGGGCACUCCUCGACCCCGACGCCGCACACUUCGAUCGGAAUGAUGUCUGAAAUCGUGGUGGCUCUCGAGUCCACGCCAUUUGAGCCAAAGAUCAUUGAGGAUAGUCCUAUUCACGAAGGUCUCAUCUGUUUCACCAAAUACUCGCCAGAUACACAAUACUUCAUCCAAACGUCGCAAUCUGUCAAUUGGAUUGCGGGAGGCCAAAAAAUUAAUUCUUUGCCAGAAUUCACAACGCUGGGUGUGAACCAUCGUUUCGCCCCUCAGGAUAGUGUUGGGAGUAUUCAACAUCGUAUAGUGGAUCUGGUCCAAAAUGUUACCAAACGAUACAAUCUUACUUUGGAAGCAUUUGAGGGCGACAAAGACUACGAAGAAUAUCUUCAUAAUCUUGGGCAAGCCGCUUCAGAUAGAAGCAACAGCAUACACACGACUUGGGAACCUAUUUAUAACGGAAAACUGCAACUUGAGGCGAGGAAAAAAUCUUACAUUACUCCGCAAUCACCCACUAAGGGAGCGGUUUGGGACACAUUCGCUGGCACUGUUCGUUAUACAUACGCUGAUGAAGCCAAGACAGUCGUUUUUGCUCCGGGUGCCAUGACUGGUAACACUGAUACCCGUCACUAUCUAAAUCUGUCCAAGAAUAUUUAUAGGUGGAGUCCUGGAAGCCUGCGUUCAUUUGGAAACAUCCAUGGUGUUAAUGAGAAACUUCUGAUGAGCGAGCAUGUUAAUAUGGUAAGAUUCUAUUACGAUUUUAUUCGAAACUUCGACCAGGCGGAUUUGUAG